UUGACCCAUCCAGAUGAGCCAUCACCUCGCCGCCACCACCGCCGCCGCUAGCACGUCUCCCAGCCGCCGGCCGAGCUUAACCUCAUUCCCGUCGCCGCUCCACCGACCAAGCGCGCUGUUCCAGCAGACUAGCUUCGCUGCCACUCGCACAGAGAAGAAGCCCGCACCUUCAGUGGCCGCCGCAGCGGCGUCGCCAGUAUCACCCCUGCACAGGCUCGAGGAAAUGAGUGACCAUGAGGCAAUCCCUGAAAGGCUUGCUGUGGUCACUGGUGGAAACAGAGGGAUCGGCAUAGAGGUGUGCUGCCAGCUUGCUCUCCAAGGUGUGACAGUCAUUCUCACAGCAAGGGAUGAGGAGAAAGGAAAAGCUGCGGUCGAGUCCCUUUGCCGUGAAUCUAACCUCUCCAACAUAAUCUUCCAUCAGCUCGAUAUACUGGAUGCUGGUAGCCGUGCCACAUUAGCACGACAUAUCGAGACCAGAUAUGGGAAGCUCGACAUUUUGGUGAACAAUGCAGGUGUUGGAGGGGUGGCAGUAGACCAGGAAGGCCUGAGAGCUCUCAACAUUGAUCCUAAGAUGUGGCUAUCGGGCAAAGCAGCCCAUCUGAUCGAAUCGGUGAUUGUACAAACAUACGACGAGGCAGUAAAAUGUCUAAACACCAACUACUAUGGACUGAAAUGGGCAACAGAAGCUCUCCUUCCUCUGCUGAAGAAAUCCACAUCAGGAGCAAGGAUCAUCAACACCUCCUCCCUUCGUUCAGAGCUGCAGAGAAUGCCGAACGAGAAGCUGCGGGAGUCCCUGUGCGAUGCCGACAGCUGGGACGAGGCGCGGAUCGAGGCCAUGCUGAGCGAGUUCCUGGAGGACAUGAAGAACGGGCGGCUGGAGGCGGCCGGGUGGCCGAUGAUGCUGCCGGCCUACAGCAUGUCCAAGAUGGUGGUGAACCUCUACACCCGUAUCCUGGCGAGGCGGCACCCAGAGAUGCGCAUCAACUGCGUGCACCCUGGGUUCGUCAAGACGGAGAUCAACUGGAACACGGGGGUCCUCCCGCCGGAGGAAGGCGCGAGGGGCGCGGUGAUGCUGGCGCUGGCGCCUGGCGACGGGCCCACUGGCUGCUACUUCGAUCAGACGAAGUUGGGGGAGGCUUGGUGAUCGAUGGUUACACGACCGGUGCCACUUUGUUUAGGUUUGCUUUUUUUCCACGCUUCAGACCUUCAGUUUAGAUGUUUCUUAGCUAGGCUGGUCCAGCAAACAUGAUUAUCAUUCGCUGCAUUGUGAAACGCGUCUGCAAUAAUAAGAGGUCUCAGCUUAGAUGUUUCCUGUCAAGGAUUUAGUAAUGCAAAAAUGUUAUUACUCAAUUUCUUACAA